AUGCCUGAUAAGCCUCUUUCUAGCUGCAUUAAUAUUUCUAUGGACAUUUUAAUGAUAUACGAAGUAUUUGAGUUGAGCUAUACAUUGUGGCUAUGCCAUGAAGAAAAAGAGUUGAGUGGGAUCAUUUUGACAUUUCAUUGCUUGUCUAAUAUAUUUGCAGACAGGUUGAGUGGAGAGGGAGAAACCCUGUUGCCUGUUUCUAUCUACAAUCUACUUGCUCAUAUUUGUAUUUUAUGCUUUGAGGAUGUCACUGCAGAACUCAGCAUUGAAGCAAGAGGUUUUAUCUUUGGUCCCCCUAUUGCCUUGGCUAUCGGAGCAAAGUUUGUGCCAUUGAGAAAGCCAAGAAAGUUGCCCGUCGCUUUUGUGCUAAGUGGUUUGAUACUUGGACUUGGCUUGAGUAUAGUGUGGAAAAGGAUGCUGCCUAUUGUUUCCCUUGUUAUCUAUUCAAGGAUGAAUGUGGCCUUUGGAGGUGAUGCUUUUGUUAGUGAUGGUUUCAAAUCAUGGAAUCGAUCGGAUUUAAUAAGAAAACAUGUCGGUAAACACUUGAGUGCACAUAAUAAUGCUGUUUUAGCUAUGGAUUUGUUCAAGAAACAAAAUUCAAGCAUCACACAAGCCUUAACAAAACAAACCGCUGAGAGUACAAAUGCAUAUAGGACGCGACUUGAAGCUUCAAUUGAAUCUAUCCAAUGGCUUUUACUCCAAGGGUUGCCUUUCCGUGGUCAUGAUGAAAAAGAAAGUUCCUUAAGAAGAGGUAACUUUCUUUCACUUUUAUCCCUUAUUUCCAAAGGUAAUCCUGAAUAUUCUAAAGUUGUUUUCAAAAAUGCUCCUAGUAAUUGUCAACUUACUUCUCCUAAAGUCCAAAAAGAUAUCAUAAAUGCAUGUGCAAAAGAGACCACUAAAGCAAUGCUUGAAGAUAUUGAUGGUGGUUUAUUUUCUAUCCUUGCUGAUGAGUCCGCUGAUGUUUCUGACAAGGAACAAUUGGCUCUUUGUUUGAGAUAUGUUAAUAGAAAGGGAGAAGUGUGUGAGCGUUUACUUGGUAUUGUGCAUGUUGUAAACACUGCUUCUUUGACUCUCAAAACUACUAUUGAAUCCUUAUUAAUGGAGCAUUCUUUGUCUUUCUCUCAAGUACGGGGUCAGGGUUAUGAUUGGGCAAGUAAUAUGCAAGGUUCUAUUAAUGGCCUUAGGACUCUUAUAGAGAAUGAGUGUAAAGAAGCUUAUUUUGUCCACUGCUUUGCUCACCAACUUCAAUUAACUCAAGUUGCACUUGCUAAAAAGAAUUCAGAUUGUGCUUGGUUAUUUGUUGAUGUACUUGCACCUCUCUUGAAUUUUGUGGGGGGUUCACCAAAAAGGAAAGAGUUUCUUCGUGAAAAUCAAGCUCAAAGAGUGGUGGAUGCAUUGUCUCUAGGUGAACUUGAAACGGGUUCAGGUUUAAAUCAAGAACGUGGAUUAGGUAGACCUUGUGAUACUCGUUGGGGAUCUCACUUCAAGACAAUCUUGAAUGUACUUGAUUUAUUCCCUGUAAUCCUUGGUUCUCUUGAGGAUAUUGCAAAAGUAUCUGAUACAAUAGAUUCUAAUAGAGCUCAAACACUUACAAAUCUUCUGAUGUCCUUUGAUUUUGUGUUCGUGGCACACUUAAUGGUUAGUAUAUUUGCGAUAACAAAUGCUUUGAAUGUGGCCUUACAAAAGCACGAUCAAGACAUUGUGAAUGCAAUGGCCAUGGUUAAUGUAACCAAGACUAAUUUGCAAAAAAUGAGAGAUGAAGGAUGGGAUUCUCAUAUGGAAAAGGUAAUUUCUUUUAUUGGUGACUAUGACAUUGCAGUUCCAGAUAUGGAGGCUAAAUAUGUUGUUCCCGGGAGGAGGUUGUUUAGAGGUAAAUGCCCACAAGUGUCUAAUCUACAUCAUUUUCGAGUUGAAGUUUUUUUUGGUGUCAUUGAUCUUCAAUUGCAAGAACUUGAAAAUCGAUUUCCCGAAAUAACUAAAGAACUACUUGUGUGUAUGUCUUGUUUGAGUCAUGUGGAUCGUUUUUCUAAGUUUGAUAAGGAAAAAUUGAUUAAGCUUGCAAAAUUCUAUCCUAAUGAAUUUCCAAGUUCAGAAUUGAUAGCCUUUGGUCAUACACUUGAUAGUUACAUUUGUUCUGUUAGAGGAGAUGAAAGGUUUUGGAAUUUGAAGGGUCUUAGUGAUCUUUCAAUCAAAUUGGUUGAAACGGGAUUGUCUGAAACUCAUGAUAGGGUCUAUUUACUUUUGAAGUUGGUGUUGCUUCUUCCUGUCGCAACGGCAAGUGUGGAAAGAGUAUUUUCUGGCAUGAACAUGGAAGAUAUCAUGAAUCGAUAUCAAAACAUGAAAACUCGUCGAGAACUAUUUUAA